UCACAGACUCUGGAUCUCAAACACACACACUUCACAAGAUGCAGAUGUGGAGCCACAUGAGGGCCCACAAAGGAGGCCCUCCACCACCGUAGGUCACUCUCAAGUGUCCUGGAUGUGUGUCUCCAUCAUUUCCUGUCUGGAUCCACACUGAGGUGAACUACACCAGUGAUUCUCCACCAAUCCAAUGGCUCCUUCUCCACCACAGUCCCCCUGCGCCUGUGGAUCCUCCACAUAGAGGCCGAGGACCCCGAGGACUUGAGUCAUGUAACCACCCUGAAAUGUCUUAAAGCUUUAAUUUAUCUGUUUUUGUAUUUAUUGUGUGUGUGUGUGUUUGUGUGUAUAUAUAUAUAAGUGGUCCAUUUUUUUUUAAAUUUAGCUUUGAGCUACUUCAAAGGCCAGUUUUUAAAAACUUCUUAUUAUAGUAUUUGAUUUGUUAUUAUAGUAUUUGAACGCUGACAUUUCAAUUGUCGUAGUAAAAGCUGUAUUUCUUUAUUCUGCUGCUGUAACUUCCAAGGAGAAGCUGUGAGACUUGACUGUGCCCAGACAGGUAUUUAAACACACACACACACAGGAGAAGGCUUCAUCAUGGACAGGCCCAUCAGCAAGUUACUGGAGAAGUUAAAGCUCACAGACUCGGGCAGUGUGAAAUUCAACAGUUCCAAGAAAAAACAGGACUCUGCCAACAACUCCAAUAACAGCAACGCCAACGCUGGCAUCCCUGGAGGAGGAGGAGGAGGAGGAGGUGGUGGUGGCGGGGGCAGCGGUCUGCCACCAGCUCCCGGCUCUGCAGCUGCCUCGCCCUCCAGACCUGGCCAGUUCCCGCUUGCCUCUGCAACCACAAGUGAUGCAUGUGUUCCAGCGAGUGGGAGGGGAGGAGGGGGAGGCAUUCCACCCCCUCAGCUCCUCACCUCACCACAGACUUCCGUCACAGUGGGCACCAUAUCUUCAGAUGGGGAGCAGCAGCUUCACCCCUCCACCUUGGCACCGUUGAGGCGUCGCUCCCCCCAGCAGCGAGCUUCCUGUUACCUGGGGGAAGGUGUGGAUUCCCACAUGAGGCGGGAGUCUGGCCUGGGCCCCGAGUGUGACCCUAUGGGGACGUUUGGAUCCAGGACGUCCCUGAAUCAGCGCCGCUACUCCCUGGAGCUGCAGCAGCUGGUCAAACGACAGCAGCUCCUCUCCCAGCCGCCUCCUCUCUCUGUGCCUCCACCGUACCCUGCCGCCGGGGGCUAUGGGUCGGCCCCCAGAGGUGGUCUGGCUGAGACCGGGUACCUCUCUGAGCAUGAGAGGCACAAGCGUCUCUCUCUUCAGGAGGCUCUGUUCUACAAACGCCUGAGCACAGGUAGUGAACUAUGGGAGAGCCCCAGGCCUGCGUCCCUCUCUCAUCCACCACAUCGCCCCUCUGAUGUGACUGGAGGAGGUGUAGGAGGAAGCUUCUUCUACCCUCCAGGGCCGACUGGGAGCCCAUGCUCGUCUUUCAGCCUCCAGGAGUCGGUGCUGGUCAGCCCCAGGUCCAGCUUCGCCUCGAGCACGGCCAGCGGCGGCGGGGGUGGGAGCCCCAUGGGGAGCCGCUGUAGCAGCAACCGGACCAGCGGCAUCAGCCUGGGCUAUGACUCCCGGUACUCUGCCUCUGGAGGACUCCCUCCACAGCAGCCGUCCCCCUCUAUGCAGUCAGGGAUGUGUGUGGCUGGUUACGGCGCCCCAGGAAGGGCUGGGGUUACCCCUGUAGAGGCCUGGACUCAAUACCUGGACGGAGGGAUGCGUGCAGGGGCCCACGAUAGUCGACACUCUUACCCACCUGCUGUAGGAAGCCCAGCGGCUGCAUGUUACCAGGGUGGCCCAGAGUGGUGGGAUGAGCAGCAGGUGGGGGCGAGAGGCAAAGAGGGGGGUGUGAUGGGAGAGAGGGCCCGCUACUCAGACCUGCCCGGCACCCGCUACCAGGAAGAGCUCACCCGACUUCUACUGAGAGAUGCAGCGCUGGAGGGCGAGGGGCUCCUGGAGGGCCUGAUGCUGAAAGAGCAGUCCCUCGCCCUGACGGCUCUCUCCAAACCGAGCUCAGCGACACUGGGGCCUUCGUCAGCUGGGGGGCCCGGCAAACCUCAGGAGGACCCUGGAGUCGGACCUGGACGGGAGGCCACGGAGAACCGCCAGGAGUACUUUGGUGAGAAACUUAUUUUUUUAUAGUUUUCAGGAGCAAGAAAUGAACUGAGGACGUUAGACAUGAGUUUUUAACACAGAUGGUACAAUAACUCGAGCCG